CCCAUGGGCUGUGUCGUCUUCUGACUGUCACAAGAUGCAACAGAUCUUUUCCAACAAACUGACGAUACCGUCUCAUCCUUCGCCAACAGAGGAUUUGGCCUGAUACAGAUGUACAAUCAAAGUUAACAUCGCAGACAUUAUUCGGCAAGGUUGCGCUUUUAUUUUAAACUCACCCGUUGUGAUUAAGGAAUAAUGCGCGCGCAGGUGACAGCCGGGUGUGAUUUACUAAUUCAGCGACAGGGUGACGAGAGUUUUGAAAGAGAUUAAAUUGAGUCAUUUUUAGAGUAGUCUGACUUUUAUUUAAACUAAUCUGUUUUUCUUUGUAAAUAUAGUGAGAAAUGCCUAAUGCCUAAGAAAUGCCAAUCCGGUCGUGAUACGCGGACGGUUUGCUCGUGUUUUGGUGUUUAGUAUCGUGUCAAAGUGCCCAUGAAUGAGGAACAACGCAAGCAUCCACCCAUAGACUGAGAAUCUAGGAGAGUUUCUGCGUUAACAGGUGGUUCUUCGCGCCUCUGAUGGUUGGUCAUGUUGACGGCGGAAACUCUCUACAGUUGUUCGACUUUCGUAACUGACGACAGCUGCGCAGGUUUAGAAAGCCAAGAGAGUUACUAGGUAAAAGCCUCUCUAUCUAAAUCUAUGAUCAGCUCGGUGUGUGUUUCGUCGUACCGCGGGCGCAAGUCAGGCAACAAACCUCCUUCCAAAUCAUGUCUGAAGGAAGAGAUGGCCAGAGGAGAAAACUCGGAAAAAAUCACCAUCAACGUCGGCGGCACGCGCCACGAAACCUACAGGAGCACCCUUAGGACCAUACCGGGCACGAGACUCGCCUGGCUCGCCGACACGAUCAACCAGGUGAACCCGGAUUCAGACACAGGACAGACGCCCAGCUCCAGCGAGUUCUUUUUUGACCGACACCCGGGCAUAUUCGGCUAUGUGCUGAACUACUACAGGACCGGCAAGCUGCACUGCCCGGCGGAUGUGUGCGGCCCUCUGUUCGAGGAGGAGUUGGCGUUUUGGGGCAUCGAUGAGACUGACGUGGAACCCUGUUGCUGGAUGACCUACCGCCAGCACAGGGACGCAGAGGAGGCGCUGGAGAUUUUCGAACCGCCAGAUCCGGAGGAUGCGGAGGAUGACCAGGACAUGCCCAGACGCUUCGGCAUUGAGGACAGCCCUGUCCGCUCCAGGGGAUGCUGCGAAGUUUGGCAACCAAAAAUAUGGGCACUCUUUGAAGAUCCAUAUUCUUCGCGUGCAGCCCGGAUAAUUGCCUUUGUCUCCUUAUUUUUCAUCCUGGUGUCUAUCACUAACUUCUGCCUGGAGACCCAUGAGGUCUUCAAUGAACUUCGUAAUGUCACAUCUACAAAUACUGAAAGCAACUCCACCACGACCCCCGUCAUCUCGAAGAUGGAGAUGGAGCCCAAACCAGUGCUGACGUUGGUGGAGGGAAUCUGCGUGGUGUGGUUUACCUUCGAGUUCCUGGUCCGCAUCAUAUGUUGCCCAAACAAGCUUCUCUUCAUCAAGAACCAGCUAAACAUCAUUGACUUUGUUGCCAUCCUGCCCUACUAUCUGGAGAUGAGUUUGACCGGCGUCAAAUCCGAAGCUGCCAAGGAUGUCCUGGGCUUUCUGCGCGUGGUCCGUUUUGUGCGCAUCCUACGGAUCUUUAAGCUCACUCGACACUUUGUGGGUCUCAGGGUUCUCGGCCACACCUUGCGGGCGAGUGUGAAUGAGUUUUGUCUGCUCAUCAUCUUUCUGGCGCUCGGGGUGCUCAUCUUCGCCACCAUGAUCUACUACGCCGAACGUAUUAGCGCAGAUCCCCAAGACCCUAGUGGCUGCAACCACACGCAUUUCAAGAACAUUCCCAUCGGCUUCUGGUGGGCGGUGAUCACAAUGACGACAGUAGGUUAUGGGGAUAUGUACCCUAAGACGUGGCUGGGCAUGAUGGUCGGUGCGUUAUGUGCAUUAGCAGGUGUGCUUACCAUCGCCAUGCCAGUGCCCAUUAUCGUUAACAAUUUUGGGAUGUACUACUCACUGGCUAUGGCCAAGCAGAAGUUGCCCAAGAAGAAGAAGAAGCACAACCCAAACCCACACAUGGUGGUGAGCUCUGCCUCGUUUGGGAAGUCUGAAAGCAACUCACCAAGGAACAGCACACAAAGUGACACAUGCCCCCUCGCCACUGAGGAGAACCCUGGAAGAAACCGCUCAGAUUCAAAGCAGAAUGGUGAUGCUACCGUAACUCUUUCUGAAGAGGAGAGCUGCAGUCUGACCCAGCCGCUCUCUCCGGGCGAGAGGUGGACACUUCGAUGCUCACGCAAUAGAGACAAGCCCAUGAAAGAGGCAACUUGCUUCCUGCUAAAUUCUGGAGACUUUUCUUGUGGAGCUGAACCUACCAUCCACACAGAGAGCUGUAAAGAUGCGCUCACAUCCCCUGCAAACUACACUCAAGCAGAAGUCACUACCCUGACCUGAAGGGGGGUUUGUCCUGAUGGGACGAGUGGGUCAUUCAUCUGGGAUGCUCACCAAUCUUUCAUCUUCUCAUCAAUCAUGCAUCGUAUUUCUCAGUCAAGAAUAUUGAACAUUUCUAGUCAAAUCAUCAUGUACCUCUGUCCAUUUUAAAUGCUGCCAGGCAUGUUUUUGCAUGAUAGAGACUUUUGGUCAAAAUGUAACUUUAAUAUACUUUUUUUUUAUUUGGGACACAUAAAGUCUUAAAGUAAUGACGUCGCUGAAGUACUCAUUAAAUCAAAUGGGAAAGGAUCAUUUUGAAUCCAUUUAAAUUCUAGUUUAAUACUAAAAGCUGACAAAAUAACUUUUUAAUAUUAUUUUUAGAGACUUUUUAUAAGGACAAGGCCUUUAAUAUGUCCUUCUAUAACUUACUAUUUAAUUGAGGAAAUAUGUUUAAAGUUUAAAUGUUUAAAUAUGUUUAUGUUUCUCAUCAAAUCUGCCUUUAUUUGAUGAAAAAUACAGUAAACAUAAAAUAAUGAGAUACUAUCCCUAGUAAAAAAGUAAUAUAUUUAAAAUACAUUUAUUUCAUACUAAGUAUAGUUCAAAUAUAUUAACAUUUACUGAUAUAAAAAAUUAUAAUUAAACUUUACCUGGAGUACUACUUGUGCACAAUGCACAUUUCUCAAUAUUAAGCCUAAAAUGUGUUUUAAUGUCACUAUUGAUGAGGAUUGUAUGAUAUUUGAAUAAUAUCGGUCUUUAAAUGCAAGAUAUUUAAAGUGUACCUGAAGUAUACUUGCAAUAGUUCCACUUUAGCACAUUCAGAUCUACUUCAGUAUAUCUUUAGUUGGACUUCAGCACUAUUUCCGCACAAUUAAAGUGCGUUAAGUUCAAAAUUAGUUGUUCCAAAUUAGCAGACUUUAAGUAUACCAGUUUAGUAUACCAACUGCAGGUUAUUUUUAUUAAGUAUAUUAAAAAUGUAAGUAUAUUUGUAGUAUACUUAGAAUUAAAUAAAUGUAUUUCAAAUACAUUUUAGUAUAUUUAUUUUUCACUAGGGAUGACAAUUAAAAAAACUGUUUUCUAUUUUAAUAUACAUCUAAUAUAUCUAACAUUAUACAGUAAUUACCUUUACUGACACUUUUGAUCGAUUAAAUGUGACCUUAAAGAGUCAAAGUAUAAAAAAGACUCCAAACUUAUGAAACAACAGUGCAUAUGAAGAUCUAUAAAGCAUUUCUCCCGGCAUGAUUCUCAGCUUGUCUUUAUUUGGACAAAAGCAGAAAGCAGCUUGUGUCUGUGCAGUAUCGUUCCAGAGAUCAGGCCAGCUAACACGACUAUAAGAAUGGCCCAUUUAUCACUGUACGUGUUAUCACUGUAAGAACUGCUGAACAAGGAUCUUCAAGAACAGUUUUCCAAAAGUAUUUUAAUUCAAAAUAUCAAAGGGAAAUACAUAAAGUUUCAGUUUUUCUUAUAGAGAAAAUAGAUUUUCAACAAAGUAACUGUAUUAAAGAGCACAGUGGCAGCUGCAUGCUUUCGCAACCAUCGUUUUCUGUAACCAAACUACAUGAAAUCCUGCAUUUCAAAUCAUCAGCCAUUAAUAUUCAUAACAUCGCUGGUUGAGAUGGAACCAAACUCAGAAAACUUUGUUCUGCAAUGUUAGUUCACUGUAAUCUAACCUUCUUUUGCAAGUACACGCUGUAUAACCUGUCCAAGUUGUGCCUACUGUCUUGUAAUACUACUAAUAAUUCUAAUAAUAAUAAUAAUACAAAAAAAGACAACAACAGUGAAAUUUUGUUGUUAAAAGAGGCUCAUAUCGUUGAGAUGUCAAUCAUGUUUGCACACACACAAAAUUUACGUGAGACUUUUUCCAGUUUGUUGUCUGCCAUAGUUGCCUUAUGUUUCAUAACAACAGAGUUGAAGUGCAACACCAUGCUUUUUAGAUCAGAAAAUGUAAAUAUCAGUACUGCUGUAUGUAGCAGAGUAUCACUAUCUAGCAAGAAGAUGCAUUCACUGUCUAGUUAUACAGAUUGUUUUCAUAAUGGUCCAGCAGUAUCUGCCUUUAGCCGGUAAACGUGAGUAUGUUUGUGUGUUUCAGGGAUGAUGUAACAUGCUAAUACUAAUAGAUGAUAUGGUAUACGCUAAGAAAAAGGUGCAAAAGCUGUCACUUGGCGGUACUUUUGAAAAAGGUAUACUUUUGUACCUUGUUUACCCCUAAAGAGUUCAUUUUAAUACCUUAAAAGUACAUAUUAGUACCUGAAGGGUACAUAGUAGCGCCUAAAUUGUACAUUUUAGUACCUUUUAAAAAGGUAUCACCCCAGUGACAACUUUUGUGCCUUUUCUUUCUGAGAGUGUACAGCAUUGUAACUUUUGGAUGAACAUGUACAAUGUUAUAUGUCUAAAGCAGCUCAUAUUUUGUAUUUUGUAGGCAUGUGUGUCUAUGCAUUUCUGCAGGAAUACAAAUAAAAUCUAAAUA